GGUAACCAUAGUGAUCAUAUACAAUUUAUGACUGAGCUGAGUCGGUGAUUUUCUGAACUGAAAAAAAUCGACUGCAAAUGCCACAUAAAGGCAAUGAAGAGACAAAAAACAAUCACCUCGUUUUUUCAAAAAACAAACAAACAAUAGGACGCCACGGCCAUCUCAUGCAGUGGAUGUAGAGGAAGUUUCAUCGCAUCUCUCUUCGGAGAACGCCUCGUCUUCCUGUUAAACUCUCAGCUUGUCACGACUCUGAGGCACCUGCAGGACUUCCUCUUUCUGCUUCUCCUCUGAGCUUAGGAUGCUGUUAAAUAUCUACUUUCACUUAAUAACUUUCACUUCAUUUUCCUACUCGCUGAAAAUCUUUUUUGCAAGAUCUCCUAACUCCCUCUUCAAGUCAUCAGCUCAUUGAGACUAGAUCAUUCUUCUUUUGUUUAAUGGUCAUCAGAAAGCGAUGCAGGCCAUGCAUUCACCAGGAACCCCUUCAAUGGGCUAUCUACUAUUUAUGGAUUUCAUGGACAGUUUCAAAAUGACCCCAGAACGCAGAAAUAAACACGAGUCCAGCCUGAAUUUAAUUCAAUAUGGCUAUCCAUUCCGUUUUAACAUCUCACAAUCUGAUAAUAACACAACUCCUAAGCAAAAUCUCUCAACUUUGGGCCAGUGCUUAAAUUGAUGCUACUCUUAAAUUUAUGCAGAUUAAACUGAUGAUGUGUAGCUUCAGCCUCGUCGGUCAUCUGGAGCUGAACCCAGCUCAUGCUCAGCUACUUGAUGAGUAACACGCAGCUUAAGCCACCAGGACAGAGCCACAGCGUGUCCUCUCCUCAUCAUAAACCCUAAAUGCUCGCUCCAGACCGAUCAGGCUGCGUCUGUCUGCGCAUGCGCGGCGCCAGCAGUGAAGUGAAAGACGGAGCAGCAGUUUGAAUGGCUUUCAGCAGCGCAUCUGAAGCAGUGAUGGGGGACUGGAGCAGUGUUCGCAACCAGACAGGUCAGUGCGCUCCGCUGCUGUCUCCUGUGGUCGGGACUCUGAAGCUGGUGUCCGGUGAUGGGAAGAGUGUGGGCAGCGUGAUGAGCCUCCAGUGCCCCUCCAGACACCGAGCGGUCAGCGGCGGUCAGAUGUCCUGCGUGUGGAGCAGCAAUAAGACACACUGGAGCGGCGGGACACCGGAGUGUAAACCUUUGUCUCGGUUCGAGGAUGAGGGCUUUCGUUUAGCUAUUCUGGUGUCCUUCAUCAGCUUAGCCAUCAUUCUCGUCAUGAGCAUCAUCUUCAUCACUUCCUGCCUGGUGAGACACGUGAAACGCGAGGAGAGGAGAAAGAUGGAGAGGGCAAGAAAAACGGGAGCGUCAGAGCUUUGGCAACAAAUAGAUGUUGAGGGUGCGGAGCUGCAGAGAGAGGUGUUACACAGCCAGAAAACCACAAACCACAACAACAACAACAACAACAGCAGCAGAGGAGAGAGACCACACACAGACAAGCACGUCUACGGCCACGGAGACCUCCUCACUGCCUGCAGGUGUCUUCAGCAAGGGAAGCCCUGUCCUCCGAGCAUCCGUCCGUCCCAGUUCUCUCUGAUACUCAGUCCACCCACUGACUACCUUAUAAACACACACAUGGGCCCCGUCGAGGCCCACGGUGUGUUCCCUGUCCCCCGUGGCGCUGCAGGGGACAGACACUUCUGCAGGCCACUUCAUGACCCGCUCUGGAACAGACCGCACCUGUACAGCCCACAUCCACCGCCUGUCCAGAUGAUGUCUAUAUGAGGAUGUGCUGAAGACCGUGGAUAAUAAUGAGGCUGGGACUAGUCAUGAGACAAGACCUCAACUGAGAACUGGAACUUCUUUCACGUGUUGUUUUAUUGUUAUGUUUUUUGGAUGAUGUGUAUUGAAUUUUCUUUGCACUUAACAUGCUAUUGCACUCGAUACUGGCCAAACAUCAGCAACAAUAGAUGUUUUAAAUAGCUGCAUAGUAAAUUUUUAUAACAUGACUACUUGACCUGCAACAUUACUGGAUGUUUACAUACAGUAUGCCUCAUUCCCUUGACAUUAAGAAUGUAGAGUUUGCAGGAAAACAAUCCAAAGGCACUCCAGACAGACUGAUGUCUUGAAGGACCCUGAUGCUAAUGCUUGACACUUUCCGUAAGCCAGACUUCAUGAAACAGUAGAACAAUUAUUUUCACGUAUCUGUUAAUAUAAAAAAAAGUUUACUUAAAAUAUUCCUGCAUCUGUAAAUAUGCUUUAUUGAUGCACACUUGAAAUAAUCAUUAUAUCCUCAUGGAAUCAAAGUCUCAACUGUGUGUUUUAUUUUUUUUUGCACGCAAGCUUUAAAAUGUGGAGCUUUCAGCUAGUGUUGGUGCCUCUCGAUAUAAUGUGUGAAUAAAAACUGAAU